UCCGCAAAUUCAUAUACUGAAGCAAUCUUCAAGAAUCAUUUUUCUUCAAAAACCCAAAUUUCUCAAACUGAAGAAAAGGAAGAGAAACGAAGCAGUAGUAGAGAAGAUGGGGGUUGAUUAUUACAAAGUAUUGGGUGUUGAUAAGAACGCUACAGAUGAUGAUUUGAAGAAAGCUUAUAGAAAACUUGCCAUGAAAUGGCAUCCGGAUAAGAACCCACAAAACAAAAAAGAAGCUGAAGCUAAGUUCAAACAGAUCUCUGAAGCGUAUGAUUCUUGAGCUUUAUGCACAACUCUGGUGCUGGUCUUGUUCUGUGUAAAUAUUUUCUUUAAACCAUUUGGAGCUAUGGGAUGGGGCGUUGGUUUAGGCUCGUAGGCGAGUCUCUUUCGUAGCAUAGUAGAAUUUUGUUUCUGUUUAUUAUGGGUAUUGUUCAGUAUAUCCAUUCAACAACAGGCAAUACAUUUACUUUUUUUGGAAUAAGUCUUGAAAAUUCACAGGCCUUUUGGUUGUUGAAUCAUUAGUGAUAUCUCACAUGUUGUCUGU